AUGCUUGCUCGCAGAUUGGCUAUUAUCCCCGGUGGCCUAGGUGGCCUUGGAUCAAGCAUCGGCAAGAAGCUCAGCCAACAGGGCGCUCGCCUAGCCAUUUUGUAUGCCCCAUUCGAGGCCGUCCGAAGGGAUGAAUUGCUGGAAGCCGGGUAUGGAGGUAUUCUCAACAAGGAUGGAAUCCGCGCCUAUGAAUGUGACAUUACCUCGCCAGACUCCGUCCAGAUAGCUUUCAACACAAUGGAAAAGGAAAUGGCAUCGCCGUCGUCCACAUCUCCAGCUGAGAGAGUCUUCCCGAGUAUCCUUAUCAACACCGCUGGAUACGUAUCCCUAAGUGAUAUGGAGGAAACACCUCCAGAAGAGACAGUGAAGCAUCUGACCACGAAUGUCCUCGGACCAAUGCUCUGUUCGCAAGCAUUCGCUCGACUAUACUUUGCGGCAUCAAAGGCUGCAGAAUUCUCGACGAGUUCUCCACCUCCAGCGAGAAUCGUUAACGUCGCGUCCCAGGCGGCACAUGUAGCACUGCACCGCCAUGGUGCAUACUGUGCUUCCAAGGCUGCAUUGCUGGGCUUAACACGCAGUAUGGCUUCCGAAUGGGGCGGUCGCGGCAUUACGGCGAACAGUGUGUCACCCACGAUCGCUUGGACUGCAUUGGGGAAGAAGGCGUGGGGAGAAGACUCCGUCAGAGAGGCUUUCUUGAAGAAUGUCCCAACUGGGAAGUUUGCGCUGCCUGAGGAGGUUGCCGAAGCUGUGGUUUUUCUUUGUCAGGACUCAAGUGGUAUGAUUAAUGGUGCGGAUAUUCGGGUGGAUGGUGGCUUCACUAUACGGUGA